UCUCUCUCUCUCUCUCUCUCUUCUGUCUCUCUGUUCCCCUCGCUCCUUCCUUCUCUUUUUCCCUUCCAUAGACUAAAGUAAAGCCCCGUUGGUGUCCGUUAAUCGAGAGCUGUAGCCGUAACACGCAACUUUCCGUAUUGAUACUCUAUCAUCGAAGAGCAGCCGUCGCGUAGAGCGUUACGUCACAAGUGCGGUCGUUGACAAUUAUCGAGACACGAGCUUGUUUGAAGCGAGCUUUCGCGCUGACGCCUCGCGCCUUCUGUCGCGCACUUACAUCCCCGUCAAGCCGUCAGCGUAUGUACAUGCAUAUCGCGUACACGCAUCCUCCGUUUCGGCUGAGGGAUUAAGUAUCUUAGUGCUGUGAUCGUGACAGCAUUUCGCUCCCGUAUCGAGCCGCGCAAUUUCAAACGCAAUUUUUCUGUUUGACGAGUUCAUCUUGUGCGUUGCGCCGUUGGUUUGGUGCCCACUUUGUAUUGUUUUGCAUUUGAGCUUAUUUCAUUUCAAUAUAUAACCUAAAAGUUUUCGUGAAUGUUGAUAGUUGCCUCUUUUUCCACUUCCUUCUCCUUAUCCUUUAUCUCGUCCUCGAAUUCAUUUUCGUCUUCGUUUUUAUCUUCAUCUUCAUCCUCGUCUUCCUUUUUCUUUAUCUCAUCGCGUCAGUCGUCUCUGCAACGAAUCAAGCCGACAAACGUAAUAACGUUGCAUAAAGAUAUUCGAACAUCCCAUACCCGUACCUGUACCCGUCCACGGACAAGAAAACGGAUAUUUUCGACGUCAAGCAGUCAUCGGGAAAGUAGUCAAAAUUCCGGUCCCUACUAGGAAACAAGAGGGCCUCCAACAAACCGGCGGCAGAAAUCCAUCAGCGAUUAGCCAAGAACAAUCAAGCAAAAUGAAUAAGAAGAGGAACCGUACGAAUAAUAACAGGUACUGCCAAUCACUUGGCUUUCCUCGUCAAGAUCAUAAUAGCAGAUCUCCGCGAGCACGUGGACCACAAGAGAGGAAUGUCGCAGCGGAGGGGGUUUAUAACAAUGCUCAUUUUAUGCAUGCGGUUACUAGCCACGUUGGCAACACCGUACAGAUUCAAACUCAAAAUGGUUCGCUGUUUGAGGGCGUGUUUAGAACGUUUUCGAGUCAAUUUGAUGUAGUGUUGGAAUUAGCUCAUCGUGUAGAGGGCUCUGGAAAGAUUUGCGUAGAUAGCGUAGUAGAGAAAUUAAUUUUUAAACCACAAGACGUUGUUACUAUAUCUGCCAUGGAUGUUGAUUUAGAUUAUGCUAUAAGAGAUACUUUUCAAACGGAUACAGCCAUUAGUAAAUUUAAUGGUUUAAUCGGCGAGAAGGAACUCGAACCUUGGGAUCCUCCGACUACCAUGAAUGGAGCCGAUUUAGAAUUGGAUGGUGCUGCUAACGGUUGGGACGUCAACGAAAUGUUUCGUAAAAAUGAACAAGAAUACGGAGUUCAAACGACAUUUGAACCUUCUUUGGUCGGUUACACUCUACAAUUACAACGUAAAGACACAAAAGAUUACAAGGAACAAGAACAAAAAGCUGCUGAAAUAGCAAAUGAGAUCGAAUCUCAACCGAAUCAUAAAGCUAGAUUAGAACUGGAAAACGGCGAUGAAGAGGAAAGAUUUGCAGCUGUGACGAGACCCACCGAAGGAAAAUAUAUUCCACCGCCGUUAAAAAAGAAAAAUGGUAACACUAGCAAACUGAUGAGAUCCAGCGAACCUCCGUCUUCGCCAGGAACCACAAGUAAUAAGAAUGUCUACAGUCAACCCCCUCCGUCCACGGUUACGAUGAAUGUCCCACAACCGAGCAUAUCGGUUGGAGUGCAGCCUGCUCAUACCUCGGUACAACAUUCGGUAUCCUUAAAUAUGAGUAUGCCGCCCAAUGGAGUGGUUGUCACAUACAAUAAUCCACCACCGCCGUUUGUGCCUCCACCGACGACGCAGUCACAACAAGUAAUCCAGCAGAAUCAAUCACAAUCUCAAGUUACUCCUUCGAUGCCACAAGUAAACUUCCCAUCACAACAACAGACACCUCCAAAUAAAAUAAAUACAGAAAAACGUGAGCGGCCUGGCAGACAGGUUUAUCAAGCUGAUAAAGCGCCACCAGCGCCAUUUCCGCAAUCAAACGUUGCAUCUUCUCAACAACAAUCUACGCAUCAGCAACAUACGUCAUUGACGCAACAAAACUCUGUAGAAGGGCAAAUAGUUAUACAUAAAUCGGAUCAUAGAAAGGUUCCAACACCACGUGGAAGAGAAGAACAGCAUUCGGAACUGAGACAAUUCGCUGCAGAAUUUAAAUUAGCGGAAUCGCAAGGAUCUUCAGAUAGUCCUCAAAUAUCCAGAAAACAGCAUCAGCAUCAACAAGAUGUGCAUUCUGCUACUUCAAUGAAUCAGCCGCAUCAUCAAGGUCCUCAUCAACAUACCAGUCCACAGCAGCAAUCGCAGCAACAACCACCUUCACAACAACAUACCAGUCCUCAUCAGCAUCCAACUGUACAAGAGGAACCAGUUACCAGUAAGCCUCCACCUGGUCCAUUGGUAAGAUCUACAAGUCCGCCUCAGCAACAGCAGCAGCAACAACAGCAGCAGCAACAGCAGCAGCAGCAGCAGCAGCAGCAACCACCACCACCAUCGCAACAGCAGCAGCAACAACAACAACAACAACAACAACCACCACCACCACCACCACCAUCACAACCAGCUCAAACUCCUCAGAAUACUUCGGCAGUGCAACAAUCUCCAUCGGAACCCGUGGUUGAUAAGAUAACUACUGCUUUUAAGAAAUCUACUUUAAAUCCGAACGCUAAAGAAUUCAAUCCAAAUGCCAAACCAUUCACGCCGCGCUCACCUAGUACACCGACGCCUAGUCGGCCGCAUACACCGCAAACUCCUCAGUAUACAGGGGCGACUAUGCCCGCGACCGUUGUUAUGCCGGCAUAUGUAACACCGACAGCUUUUAGUCAACCACCUACUCAACAAGUGGCAAGGUUCCGGAAGGUACCUAUGAUGCAGCAUCGUGCGCCAGAUAUAGCAUCUCAGAUGCAAGUGGCCGCAGCAACGGGACAGCCAUUGUUAGCACCAGCUAUACAUCCAUUCCAGGUGCCUUAUCCAGGACAACCGGCGUAUCAACAAAUGGUACGAAUGGUCCAGGCACCGCCGCCACCUCAUAUGGCCACUCCGUACCAUCAUCACCAUGACUCGCAAGGGCCGCAAGCCCCUGGCAUACAAUAUAUGGGCCCACACACUCAUCCGCAUCCUCAUGUAGCUCAGCAGCCACCUAGCCAAACGCCAUCCCCAGCCAAUCCGAAUCAACCACAUACACCGGGCGCUUAUAAUCCACCUGGUACUCCACAGCCUACAUAUCCGCAACCUCCGCCGCAAGGUCACGCGCCGAGUUAUCCGAUUAUGUGCCCUAUAAUUCCAUCUCAUAUACCAUCAAUUCCACCACAACACAUGCAAUACCUGCCACCGCAGCCACCUCCGGGUGCACAGCAGACUAUACCCGUCAUUUUACCGCACAAUCAGUAGCUGCGGCAUAAAUUAAAGGAAGAAAAGGAAGAGCGAUAGUAUUCUGAAAAGGUAGGAUAAGACUUUCAAAAUUGAGUUACUUUCAUGAUGGCGUGUCAAUUGUUGGAACUUUCUCGAAGAGCCGCUCGCUUUAAUUACACAUUCUCGAUUUAUCGAUCGCUAAUCGAUAUAAAUUAUGUACUAAUCGAUAUAAAUAAGCAUCAAUCGUCAACUUUCUGCGUUGAUGAGCAGUUUGAAAUUAUAUAACUCUCGCAUACACUUACUACUGAUUACAAUGAGAGGAAAGAGAGGCCGAUUAUAUAUUUUCAGCCAUGAAUCAUCCCGUAUGGUACUAUAAAUGAUUCUAAAUGAUUGGAGAGAGCGUUGACCAUCUUGAAGGUAACUUGUUAUUUCAAAUAUAGGUCGAGCGUUGAAUGACCUAUGGCCUGUAUUAUCCCGUAAAAAUCUUCUUGAUUAUUUUAAUCAAGUUUUAAAAUGGUAAAAUGAUAGUUUAUCAUUAUGCAAUUUCGCAAAAUUCCCACGAGUUGACUUUUAUCGAAUUAGCAUGUGUACCAGAGAAAGAUUUAUGAGUCAAU